AUAGUGCUCUCUCUCUCUCUCUCUCUCUCUCUCUAUAGAUUUAAGCCUUUCUCUUUCCAACUAUAUUUCUUCCUCUCACUCUUAUCAUUUCUGCAGGCAUAGAAUACUAAUCUCUAUGCAGGGUGUCAAUUACUUUCUUUGAUGAAGUGAUCGUGACCUGGUAGAUGAUGGGUGUGGCGAGAAAUCUGUGCUAGGGCAUGAGAAUCUUCAAGAGGAGUUGCUUUGAGUUCUCCGUCACAGCUCCACCAUUGCUGACCGGAGAGCUGAAAGAUGGAAAGGACCAGACUGGAUUUAAGAUUUCAUCACUCGGGAUCAACACAAUCAGAGGAAUCAGCUCUAGAUUUGGAAAGGAACUACUAUCCUAAUCUACCUUUCUCAUGUUCAUCGCCACAUCAACCCUAUGCAUCAGGUCCUCAGCAUUCUGAGAGCAGUGCUGCCUACUUCUCAUGGCCUACUUCAAGUCGAUUAAAUGAUGCAGCAGAAGAUAGGGCAAACUACUUUGGAAACCUUCAAAAGGAGGUGCUGCCUGAAAUUCUGGGGCGGUUGCCAACAGGGCAGCAAGCUACCACCUUGCUUGAGCUGAUGACCAUUAGGGCAUUUCAUAGCAAGAUCCUUCGUCGAGUUAGUCUUGGCACUGCAAUUGGGUUUCGAAUUCGAAGGGGCGUGCUGACAGAUGUUCCUGCUAUUCUUGUCUUUGUUGCCCAUAAGGUUCACAGGCAAUGGCUCAACCACGUCCAGUGUCUACCUGCUGCCCUUGAGGGGCCAGGAGGUGUAUGGUGUGAUGUGGAUGUUGUGGAAUUCUCCUAUUUUGGCGCACCUGCUCCAACUCCUAAAGAACAAUUAUAUACAGAGCUUGUAGAUGGCUUGAGGGGAAGUGAUCCAUGCAUUGGUUCUGGCUCGCAGGUUGCAAGCCAAGAGACAUAUGGAACCUUGGGUGCUAUUGUGAAAAGCCGAACAGGAAAUAGGCAGGCUGGUUUUCUCACAAAUCGGCAUGUGGCAGUUGAUUUGGACUACCCAAACCAGAAAAUGUUUCAUCCGUUGCCACCCAGCCUUGGACCUGGAGUGUAUCUUGGUGCUGUGGAGAGGGCAACAUCAUUUAUUACAGACGAUCUUUGGUAUGGCAUCUUUGCUGGAACAAACCCAGAAACAUUCGUACGAGCUGAUGGGGCCUUCAUACCUUUUACAGAAGAUUUUAACAUGAACAACGUAACUACAUCCGUAAAAGGUGUGGGUGAGAUAGGUGAUGUCAACAUUAUAGAUUUACAAUCUCCCAUUAACAGUCUCAUUGGAAGGCAAGUGGUCAAAGUUGGAAGAAGUUCUGGGUUGACUACUGGGACCAUACUGGCCUAUGCCCUAGAAUACAACGAUGAAAAAGGAAUUUGUUUCUUUACUGAUUUUCUUGUUGUUGGAGAGAAUCGGCAGACAUUUGACCUUGAAGGUGAUAGUGGAAGCCUCAUUCUCCUAACUGGUCAGAAUAGGGAGAAGCCACGACCGGUUGGGAUCAUUUGGGGUGGGACGGCUAACCGGGGUCGACUAAAACUAAAAGUUGGACAACCCCCAGAAAACUGGACUAGUGGAGUUGAUCUUGGGCGCCUUCUUGAGCUUCUUGAACUUGAUCUCAUCACAACCAGUGGAGGGCUUCAAGUUGCAUUGCAAGAGCAGAGGAAUGCUUCAGCAGCAGGGAUGGGUUCUACAGUUGGGGAGUCAUCUCCUGCUGACCGGGUGCCAUCAAAAGAUAAACUUGAACAGAUCUUUGAGCCACUUGGUUUGAAUCUCGAGCAUGUUCCAGUUGAAAGUGAGUCCUAUCAUGGACAGAAUCUACCAUUCAUGCGUACGGAGUUUCGCAUAGAAAAUGGGAUUGAAACAGCUCCAAAUGUAGAGCACCAGUUCAUUUCAAGUUUUGCGGCCAGAUCUCCAGUUCUUCAAAAUAACCAAGAGAAUCAUCAUCCAGAAUCCAAAAAUCUCUCAACAUUGAGGAAUGGCUCUGAUGAAGAGAUUUUUGUUUCUUUGCAGUUAGGUGAGUCUGAAUCAAAGAGGAGAAAGCCUUCUAAUUCUCCGUUUAACAUCGAAGAACCAAAAUGAAGUGGGGACAAGACGAUGGACUCGUUUUCCUUGGAGGAGCUGUCUUAUGAUGAAUGAAUGAGUUAUAAUUAUUCCUCCAUUCCGGCUUCAAAUUGCUGGGCUAUGAAAUCUGAAUUGCACUAUUAUCUUUUGUCAAGUGUCAAAACUGCUACAAAAAUAUGAGGUUCAUGCAUCCUUUGGAUCAAUUACCAUUCCUUUUAGCAUGUUUUGGUGAAGGUUACAACAAUAGGUUAUAUAUGUUCAUACAAUAUUUCAUAGAGAAAUGUGUAGGUGGUACUUGUGUUUAGUUUUUCUUGGAUCUGUAUCAUUUGGUAAAGUCAGUGUACCAUAAGCACUCCCCAAAUCGGAGUAUGAACAGCUACUGAAAGUUAAAGAAUGUAAAAUGUUAUUUUUGGCUA